AUGCCACAGUUAUCAGGCGGCGGCGGAGACCCGGAGCUGUGCGCCACAGACGAAAUGAUCCCGUUCAAAGACGAAGGUGACCCACAGAAAGAGCAAAUCUUCGCCGAGCUCAGCCACUCGGAGGAAGAGGGAGACCUGGCGGACAUCAAGUCAUCUCUGGUCAACGAGUCGGAGAGCAGCCCCAACAGCAACAGCCACGAUGCAGCUAGACAGUCCCAAAUACCGCAAGAUUCAUAUCACGAAAAACACAGAGACCAUCCGGAUGAUGGAAAGCAUCAAGACAUGUACAGUAAAGGCCAUCCGUACUCGGGUUAUCCAGGCUACAUCAUGAUGAGCAACAUGAACAACGACUCCUACAUGAACAAUGGCUCCCUCUCGCCGCCCAUGCCCAGAACGUCCAACAAAGUUCCCGUGGUGCAGCCGUCCCAUGCAGUCCACCCACUCACUCCACUGAUCACGUACAGUGACGAGCACUUCGCUCCAGGAUCCCAUUCUGGCCAUCACCCCCAAGAUGCCAACAACAAACAAGGAAUGCCGAGGCAUCACCCCGGACCAGACAUGACCAACUUCUACUCCCUGUCUCCUGGAGGAGUGGGACAGAUCACGCCACCGCUGGGAUGGUUCUCACACCACAUGGUGCCAGGACCCCCAGGUCCUCACGCCACAGGAAUCCCCCACCCAGCCAUCGUCAACCCCCAGGUCAAACACGAGCCUCUGCAUGAAACAGACAUCAUGCACAUGAAACCCCAGCACGAACAGAGAAAGGAGCAGGAGCCCAAAAGACCGCACAUCAAGAAGCCGCUUAACGCCUUCAUGCUCUACAUGAAAGAGAUGCGUGCGAAUGUGGUCGCUGAGUGCACGCUGAAGGAGAGCGCUGCCAUCAAUCAGAUCCUGGGACGAAGGUGGCAUGCUUUAUCUCGGGAAGAGCAAGCUAAGUAUUAUGAGUUAGCCCGCAAGGAACGGCAGCUCCACAUGCAGCUCUACCCAGGCUGGUCCGCUCGAGACAAUUAUGGAAAGAAGAAGAAGCGGAAGAGGGAGAAGAUGCAGGAAACGGCCACAGGAGGAAAACGGACUAAUUUCUCCACAUGCAAAGCGAAGGCAGCAGCUACGGGCCCUCUGCUUGAGAUGGAGGCCUGUUAG